CUGUUGAUAGCACUGACUUAUAUAUUGUAUAUAGUAUGUACUUGAGUAUCUGUUGGCACCAGGAUACCCUAGACGCGCAGCGGUUAAUAAAAUUUUUAUUCUGAAAACCGAAGGAUAUUAAUUGGUGACAAUUAAGAAAUAAUUAUUAGAAUUAUCAAUUGAUUAAUAAUGGUUGUCCAUACUAUCCUUCUUGACUUCACUGUAUCUGCUAAUGUUAUAGCAGACUUGGAGAAACGUUCAAAUUUAAAAUCUGCUAUAGCAAAUGUUCUGGGUGAACAUUUUAUUGGUUUAAAACCAUUAACAGAAUCAAACAUCGAUGGCAGUUUAUUGAUUUUAUAUACUGGCCCAAAAGGUAGUCUAAUAACUGUAAGAGGAUAUAAGGAAGGCCUAGUGACGUUAAACAUUGAAUAUUUCAAACAGGAUGAUGAAGAAGCAUUAUUAACAUUUGAGCAGUGGCGAUACUUGGAAGCUGAUGUUGCCAUGGCUUUGAACAGCCAACGCAGCAAGUGUUUGCCACCUGUAAGACGAGGAACCGUAUAUGACCUCUAUCUGACACUAUCAGAUGAGAGAUUGCUUGAAUAUGACAUUGAUAAGCUGGUGUUUGAGGCACGGUCGCCUUAUCAAAAGGUACAAAUUGUCCAUUCCAAAUCUCUUGGUAACCUUUUGGUUCUUGAUGAGUUACAAAACAUGUCCGAAGCGGAUCUUAUAUAUACAGAAACGUUGAUGCAACGUGGUAAGGAAAGUUAUGCUGGAAAAGAGAUAGUUAUCCUUGGUGGUGGUGAUGGGGGCUUACUCUGGGAAUUGCUCAAGGAAAAGCCAAAAUAUAUAACAAUGCUUGAGAUCGAUGAUGUCGUUAUGAAAGCUUGUAGUCAACACAUGAGAAGCAUAUGCGGAGAUUGUUUAGAUAAGAGGAAGGGUGAUAACUACGAGAUAAUAGUUGGUGAUUGUGUAAAGGCACUUGCACACAUGAUAGAAGAAGGUCGUCAAUUUGAUUAUGUUUUUGGCGAUUUAACUGAUAUUCCAAUCAGUACUACUCCUCAUGGCGAUGCAUGGGAUUUUAUAAGAUUAAUUCUAAAUUCUUCGGUGAAAGUACUUAAGCCCACGGGAAAAUAUAUGACUCAUGGAAAUGGGGCUUCCUGUCCUGAAUCACUGAAGAUGUAUGAAGAGGUAUUAUCUCAACUCUGCGUACCCGUAACAUUUGCAAAAGAUCGUGCUUUUGUACCGUCUUUCUUCGAAGAUUGGAUUUUCUAUCAAGUGUCGCUUAAAUGAUGGAUUAAAAACACACACGAUCAUUUACUUGAAAGACCAACCAAAUUUUCUCACGAUCUAUUACUUCCAUUAUGACCCAAGUUGAGCCUUAGUUUUAGAAACUUAAGUAAAUAAUCAGUUCCUCUCUAAAAGAUAAUUUAACUUCUUAUUCAAAUCAAAACAGUACAUAUAGAUUUGUAUGCAACUGUAUAUGCGAGUAAGUAAAUAUAUAUAUAUAUAUACAUACAUGUAUAUAGAUGUGUACUAACAUAUGUAUAUAUAUAUAUAUAUAUUUACAUACAUACGAUACAAUCUAUAUGUAUAUCCGCAUACAUAUAUUAUUUAUGUAUGUGACCGCGAGUAUAGUAUAUAUACGCAUGCGUACAUGUGAUUAUUCCAAUUUUGACAUCGUAAGUUAAACAGUAUAUAUAUAUAUAUAUAUAUAUCUUCGUGCUUAAUUACUUAUAUCUCAGAAGUAAAAUGCUGAAAUAUGUGCUAAUUUAUUUCUUUUUUUUUUUUCUUUCUUUUUUUUUUUUUGUAUGUACAGUGUGUAUCGUGUUUAAAAUUAAUUGAUAUUGUCCAGG